AGCAGCCCGCGGGCGCCAGGCGGACGCAGUAGGACCGCGCCGCGAGGGCAGCAUGCCACGCUCCUUCCUGGUGAAAACGCACCCCGGCCACAGGGUACCCAACUACGGGCGGCUGGAGACCCAGAGAGAAACCGAUGGCACCUGUGCUGCCUGCAGGGGGCUGGUGGUACCCCUCCUCCUCCCAGACAAGGCGGCCCCUUCCACACCUGGUGACCCUGCCCCGCCCUGGGACUGCGCCUCCGUCAUUGCUCGGAUCUCCCUGCCCCUCUUGAGGAAUGAGGAAGCUCAGGGGGCCUCUGGGCCAGACCCCCUGGAAGUCAACCGGGCGGAGCCUCGGGCUGGCUGGGCCCCCAGCGUACCCCUCAAAGACAGCCUGAACCACCUCAACCUGCCCCCACUGCUGGUUCUGCCCGUGCGGUGGCCCCCGAUCCUGAGCACGGAUGGGGACCAGGCUCCAGACAGACUGCUGGGUGCUGAGCAGGUCCCCCACCCCCUAGGGGGCUUCCAGUGCUUCCGCUGCCUCAAGCCCUACCACACGCUGGCUGGGCUGGCCAGGCACCGGCAGCUGCACUGCCAGGAGCAGGCCCCACGCUGCUUCACCUGCAAGUACUGCGACAGGGAGUACGCCAGCCCGGGCGCCCUCAAGAUGCACGUCCGCACGCACACGCUGCCCUGCGUCUGCACCUUCUGCGGCAAGGCCUUCUCCAGGCCCUGGCUGCUGCAGGGCCACAUCCGGACCCACACAGGGGAGAAGCCGUACGCCUGCUCUCACUGCAGCAGGGCCUUCGCCGACCGCUCCAAUCUCCGGGCCCACUUGCAGACACACUCUGACACCAAGAAAUACCAGUGCAAGAGCUGCGCCAAGGCCUUCUCCCGCAUGUCGCUCCUGGUGCGGCACGAGGAGUCUGGCUGCUGCCCUGGCCCCUGAGCAGCGCCGGUUGGUGCAGGUAGGAGAGAC